AUGGAUAAAAUACCUCGAACUCAUGAAGCUAUUGAAGCUCAGAUAAGGGAGAUACAACAAAAAAAGAAUGAAUUACCAGAAAAUGGUACAGGAAAAGGAGUUUCACUGGGUGAAACUUACUAUGACAGUGACAUUUAUGAUAAUGCUGGACAUGGUGGAAAAUCAAGAUAUGAUGGUUAUGUGACAUCUAUAGCAGCCAAUGAUGAAGUUGAAGAUGAAGAUGUGGAAAAUGUACCAGUCUCACAAAAAAGACCAGGAUAUACUGCACCAGCAUCCUUACUCAAUGAUAUAGCACAGAGUGACAAAGACUAUGACCCAUUUGCAGAUAAAAGAAGACCUACAAUUGCAGAUAGAGAAGAUGAGUACCGUCAGAAGAGGCGUAGGAUGAUUAUAUCACCAGAGCGAAAUGAUCCGUUUGCAGAAGGUGGUAAAACACCUGAUGUUGGAUCAAGGACCUAUACAGAAAUUAUGAAAGAACAGUAUUUGCGUGCUGAAGAGACAGAAUUAAGAAAAAAACUUUUGGAAAAAGCUAGGGAAGGCACUCUUAAGCCAGUUGCCCAACCAAAUGGAGAAGCGGCAAAACCAGCAGCAGCUAAACGUAAAGGAAGGUGGGAUCAGAGUUCUGAAGAUACACCAUCUGUGAAGAAAGCUGUAACAACAACACCCAGCUCUCAAGCCACACCAUCUUGGGAUAAUGAAAGAGGAGCGUGGGAGGAGACGCCGGGCGCGGGGCGCGGCGGCGAGACGCCGGGCGCGACGCCGUCGGCGCGCGUGUGGGACGCCACGCCCGGCCACGCCACGCCCGGACACGCCACGCCCGGCCGCGACACGCCCGCGCACCACGCCUCCAGGCGCAACCGCUGGGACGAGACGCCAAAGACCGAUAGAGAAACACCCGGCCAUAACAGCGGCUGGGCGGAAACACCGCGUACGGACCGUGGUGUGGGCGUAGAUACUAUCCAGGAAACUCCAACGCCAGGCACGAAACGACGCUCGCGCUGGGACGAGACGCCUGGAGCCACGCCCGUGCCCGCCACGCCCACGCCGUCGCACGCCACACCUUCCCACGCCACUCCCUCGCACGCGACGCCUUCUCAUGCCACGCCCACGCCACACACGCCAAUAUUCACACCGGGAGGGUCAACACCAGUUGGAGUCAAAGCUAUGGCUAUGGCUACACCUACACCUGGUCAUGUGGCUGCCAUGACGCCAGAACAGCUACAAGCCUACCGUUGGGAGAAAGAAAUAGAUGAACGAAAUAGACCUUAUACUGAUGAAGAAUUGGAUGCCAUGUUCCCACCUGGGUACAAGGUUUUACCGCCGCCUGCUGGUUAUGUUCCGAUUCGGACGCCGGCUCGUAAGCUGACCGCAACGCCUACACCAUUGGCUGGUACCCCAAUCGGCUUUUUCAUGCAGACGGAGGAAGUGGGGGGCUCGGCGGCGGCGGCGGCGCGCCUACUGGAGCCCCAGCCCAAGGGUGGCCAGCAGCUGCCCUUCAUGAAGCCUGAGGACGCUCAGUACUUUGACAAACUGCUCAUUGACGUCGACGAGGACACGCUCUCGCCGGAGGAACUCAAAGAGAGGAAGAUCAUGAAACUCUUACUAAAAAUUAAGAACGGCACUCCACCGAUGUGCAAAGCUGCACUCCGCCAGAUAACGGAUAAAGCACGUGAUUUCGGUGCAGGACCAUUGUUCAACCAGAUUCUGCCACUGCUUAUGAGCCCCACUCUUGAGGACCAGGAACGGCAUCUGCUUGUCAAAGUCAUUGAUAGAAUACUCUACAAGUUGGACGAUCUAGUUCGACCCUAUGUGCACAAAAUCUUGGUAGUAAUAGAACCUCUUCUGAUUGAUGAAGACUACUACGCGCGUGUGGAAGGUCGUGAGAUAAUUUCUAAUCUGGCAAAGGCGGCAGGUCUUGCCACUAUGAUCUCUACAAUGAGACCAGAUAUUGAUAACAUUGAUGAAUAUGUCCGAAAUACUACAGCAAGAGCUUUUGCUGUUGUUGCAUCUGCUUUAGGUAUUCCAUCCCUGCUGCCAUUCUUGAAAGCCGUAUGCAGAUCUAAGAAGUCUUGGCAAGCACGACACACCGGAAUAAAAAUUGUACAACAGAUCGCCAUUUUGAUGGGUUGCGCUAUUCUGCCACACUUAAAAUCUUUAGUAGAGAUCAUUGAACAUGGGCUGGUAGAUGAGCAGCAAAAAGUACGUACAAUCACAGCUCUCGCUAGCGCUGCUCUUGCUGAAGCUGCGACGCCAUAUGGUAUUGAAUCCUUUGACUCUGUACUCAAGCCUCUAUGGAAAGGUAUCAGAACUCAUCGAGGCAAGGGAUUGGCUGCUUUUCUAAAAGCUAUCGGCUACCUUAUUCCUCUUAUGGACGCCGAGUACGCCAAUUAUUACACCCGAGAAGUAAUGCUUAUUCUUAUUCGUGAGUUCCAAUCGCCUGAUGAAGAAAUGAAGAAGAUUGUAUUAAAGGUAGUAAAACAGUGUUGCGGUACUGAUGGUGUAGAGCCUCAGUACAUCAUGGAUGAAAUUUUGCCACAUUUCUUCAAACACUUCUGGAAUCACCGUAUGGCUUUGGACAGGCGUAACUAUCGUCAACUAGUUGACACAACGGUGGAAAUUGCAAAUAAGGUUGGAGCUUCAGAAAUUAUUAACAGAAUUGUUGAUGACUUAAAAGAUGAUAAUGAACAGUACAGAAAGAUGGUUAUGGAAUCCAUUGAGAAAAUUCUUGCUAACUUGGGCGCCGCAGAUAUUGACUCAAAAUUAGAAGAAGCCCUCAUUGACGGUAUACUAUACGCAUUCCAAGAACAAACUACAGAGGAUGUGGUUAUGUUAAAUGGAUUCGGAACAAUAGUAAACCAACUGGGAAAACGCGUUAAGCCAUAUCUGCCACAGAUCUGUGGUAUCAUUUUAUGGCGUAUGAACAAUAAGUCUGCUAAAGUUCGUCAACAGGCUGCCGAUCUCAUUUCACGUAUUGCAGUGGUUAUGAAAACUUGUCAAGAGGAAAAACUUAUGGGACAUCUUGGUGUAGUACUAUAUGAGUACUUGGGAGAAGAAUAUCCAGAAGUACUGGGUUCAAUUCUGGGGGCGCUAAAAGCCAUAGUGAAUGUUAUUGGUAUGACCAAAAUGACGCCACCAAUUAAAGAUCUCCUCCCCAGGCUUACUCCCAUUUUGAAGAACAGACAUGAAAAAGUACAAGAGAAUUGUAUUGAUCUUGUUGGACGUAUCGCAGACAGAGGACCAGAGUUUGUGUCAGCCAGAGAGUGGAUGAGAAUAUGCUUUGAGUUACUGGAACUGUUGAAAGCGCACAAAAAAGCCAUUAGAAGAGCUACAGUGAACACCUUCGGUUAUAUAGCAAAGGCUAUCGGUCCACAUGACGUGUUGGCAACAUUGCUCAACAAUUUAAAGGUCCAGGAACGGCAGAACAGAGUGUGUACAACCGUUGCGAUUGCUAUUGUUGCGGAGACAUGUUCACCUUUUACAGUUUUACCUGCGUUGAUGAAUGAAUACAGAGUUCCAGAGUUAAAUGUACAAAAUGGUGUACUAAAGUCAUUGUCAUUCUUGUUUGAAUACAUUGGAGAAAUGGGCAAGGAUUACAUAUAUGCAGUGUGUCCAUUGCUUGAAGACGCGCUAAUGGACAGAGAUCUUGUGCAUCGGCAAACAGCGUGCGCUGCUAUUAAACAUAUGGCAUUAGGAGUUUACGGAUUUGGGUGUGAAGAUGCCCUGAUACAUUUAUUAAACCAUGUUUGGCCCAACAUCUUCGAGACAUCGCCACAUCUCGUACAAGCAUUCAUGGAUGCCGUUGAAGGAAUGCGAGUUGCACUUGGCCCUAUUAAAAUCUUACAAUAUGCUCUGCAGGGUUUAUUUCACCCAGCAAGGAAAGUCCGAGAUGUUUACUGGAAGAUUUACAACACAUUGUAUAUAGGAGGACAAGAUUCUUUAGUCGCAGGAUAUCCGAGGAUACAAAACGAUCCAAAUAACCACUUUAUUAGAUACGAGUUGGAUUAUUUACUGUAA